AUGUCAAUCAAGUCGCUCUCAAAGGGCUCCUCGCUGGAUGACACUUGUGUCGGCAUCUCCCGGGUGGCUACCCCGACCAACCUCGAGAAAGACCUGUCAUUAUGGGAGACGAUGAAGAUCUACAAGAAGGCGACAUUCUGGAGCUUUGUCAUGUGCUGCACCAUCAUCAUGGACGGCUACGAUGGAAACAUGGUGCCGUCUUUCUACGCGCUUCCCGUGUUCCAGAAAAAGUUCGGCAUCCAGCUCCCCAACGGAGACUGGACAGUGGAAGCCAAGUGGCAGACGGCGUUUCUGGUGGGAGUCCCCAUUGGCAGAAUCACAGGUGCCGUGGGAGUCGGUCUGCUGGCAGACAGAUUCGGCAGAAAGAAGGUGACUAUCACGUCUCUGGCAUUCAUGGUGGGAGUGACCUUUGUUGUGUUUUUUGCCACCGGCAAGGAAAUGCUGUGUGCCGGCUGGAUCAUCAGUGGAAUUAUCUGGGGCGUUUUCAACACCAUGGCCCCGACCUACGUCUCGGAAGUGUGCCCCAUCAAAAUGCGGAGUCUUUUGGCAGCCGCUAUCAACCUGUCCUGGGUCGCCGGACAGUUCAUUUCCACCGGAGUCGUCACAGGUACGUCCACCAGAACCGACGACUGGGCAUAUCGAGUACCGCUAGCAGUGCAAUGGGUGUUUCCGGCAAUUCUGAUUCCCACAUUGUGCUUUGCCCCAGAGUCUCCGUGGUGGCUCUUGCGACGGGGAGAGAUUGACAAGGCAAGAAACGCACUGGCUAGACUGGCAGACGAGACCAAAAUUGACCUCGACGCGCAUCUCGAACACAUGAUCCAGACCGACAAGGAGGAAGACAAGUCAGGAACGAUAGCCGAGUGCUUCAAGGGUCCAGAUCUCCAUCGUACCGAAAUCUGCUCCAUGGUGUACUCCAUCCAGCCGCUGUCAGGAGCCAACAUUAUUAACUUCUUCGCCUUCUUCUUCCAACUGACAGGAGUGCCCCAAGACAUUAUCUUCAAACUCACCCUGGGACUUACAGGUUUGGGGUUUUUGGCUACUCUGCUGUCGUCUGUUCCCAUCGCUCGAGUGGGAAGACGCAAAAUCAUGCUCACGGGACUGUUUGUUCUGACGGUGGCUCUUUUUGCCAUGGGUAUUCUGGGCUGUUUUACAUCCCGGGGAACCAACUGGGCUACCGCAAUCUUGCUAUUUGUGUGGGUCGGCACGUACGACCUGUCCAUUGGUCCUGGAGCUUUUGUGAUUUACUCAGAGUCGUCGUCUGUGCGUCUGAGAUCCAAAACCAUCGCCAUUGCCUCCGUCAUUUCCUCGACAGUGACUCUUGUUUUCAACGUGGCUGUUCCAUACAUGUUGAACGAGGCUGAGGCCAACAUGCGAGGACUUGUGGGGUUUGUGUAUGGUCCGCUGUGUAUACUGUCUCUGAUCUGGGUCUAUUUUCGUCUUCCGGAGCUCAAGGGGCUCAGUUAUAUGGAGAUUGAUCGGUUGUUUGAGGGCAAGAAGGUUGCUAAAGAUGGUGUCUAG